AAAAAUAUAUAAAUAUUAUAUGCAGGCGAGACUAGGACAAUCUAGACGCAGCUCGAUUGAUAAAAUUUCGUUUUGAGAUUAUAAAUGUGAUAAAGUUGACAGGAAAAGGGGGCGGGAUUGUUGAUGAAAAUAGAAAGAAUAGGGUAAAAUGGCCACUCUGAUUUCCCUCCUUCAAUCAGCAAUUUCAAUCGUAUAUUAAAUUUAUCUGAUUAGCUAUUAAUUAAGCAUAAUUCCAGUUUGUUAGAUAUUUGAUGUAUUAUUCUCUUGGCCAAAUAUCCCAGAAUGAGGAGCAUUCAUUAAACUUUCUCUGUAAGAAAGUUAAAGACUAAGACUAAAGUUAAUUCAUAAUCUCCUCCAGAUAUCAAGAUAUUCAUCUCGUUUCACAACUUUAUCUAUCAAUUUUCAUCAUUUCGACUACAUCAAUAGGCUCUGACAGACUUUCAAUUACUAGUUGCAUUCAGAAUUCCAAAUGAAUCAUCAAAUUCAUCAGGUGUUGAUUUUACCUAUUUUUCAGAAUUUCUCAUUUUCUCGUCUUUUCCAUUCGUCUAGUUCUCUUUUCUGCCAUUCAUAACGUUUUUCUUCAAGACUCUGAGGUUUUUUAUAAUUUUUUAGGGUUACAUGACCGUCAUUGAAUUUUAAACUCAAGUACAUUGGUGUAGGUAGUGUGGGUAUGAAGAUUGCAUGAUUUGAUAUCAUGUGGAUGGAAUGAAUGGGCCAGAGUAUGGCUGCGAUCUUUCGUCGUGUAAUUGCAAGAGAGUUAUUUAGUGUUACCAAAACAUUCGGAAGUCGCCCAGAAGUGACAAAGAUGGAUGAACCUGGAGAUUGUUUCGUGGGGAAGAUGGAUCAUCAUGCAGGAGUCCAUGUCGAUUCCAGGAAAGAACCCUGUCGAGCUGAAAAGUUUGGAUCAAAGCUCAGAGCUUCCCUUCCUAAAUGGACAACCGAAAAUAAACGCACAGUCUGGUUUAAAGUCGAUCGGUCAGAUUCUUCAUGGAUUCCUCACCUGGUGAACGAGGGAUUCUACUUUCAUCAUGCCAGGGAGAAUUACGUCACACUGUACCGAUGUUUAUCACCGGAUGUUUCAGUUCCACCUUACGCUCACACAAAUAUAGGGGUAGGAGCUUUCGUGGUGAAUGAGGAGACAAAUGAGGUUCUCGUAAUUAAGGAAAAACACACGAGUCUUCCGGUUAAUCGAUGGAAAUUACCUGGAGGAUAUGUUGAACCAGGUGAAAAUAUUCCUGAAGCUGCGCAGAGGGAAUUGCUGGAAGAAACUGGAAUCAAAGCUCAAUUCAAAUCAUUAGUUGCAUUCAGACAUGCCCACAAUUAUGCAUUCGGCUGCAGUGAUAUCUAUAUGGUUGCCAGGAUGGUACCCGAGACAUUGGAAAUUAAAAAGUGCGAACGAGAAAUCUCUGAUUGCACUUGGAUGAAGUUGGAUGAGUACUCUAAUAGCCCAGAUGUUCAUGGACUCAAUCGAUUUAUCGCUAAAAAAAUGAUCGAGUACUUGGAAAAACACAUCGGAAUCGGUCUCGUUCAUGGACAACGCCCCAAUUCGACGGAACCUAUUUGGAUUUAUGUAAUUACAGAUAGUGACAAUGCCGAUUCAUCUAUUGCUAAUUGAUUACCGCCUAAGGUAAAUAAAUAUUUAGGGAAUCCAUCGAGUCUUUAGUCUUUUUGAGGCUGACUAAUGCUGCUUUCAAAAGUGCAGCCGAAUAGUUUGAUUUCUCUAAUUCUAUAGUAGUUAGUGACUUGGGAAAAACACAAUUAAAUUAAUGGUGAUUAUUACUUAUAAACUCCUAGAGAAUCCAGAUAGUUUAACGGUUUUAAAGAACUUUUCUUAGAAUUUCAAAGUUUUAGAGAUCGAUUUUCCCAGAUAAUCUCAUAUCAACAAAUUAAUCGAGUCUCAUUUUGCUUCUUCAAGUAUCAAUAAUUAAACAAUUAAAGUUAAUUACCACGUUUUAUCUGACAUGUACAAAUCUAACGUUUUCAAAGUUCAACAAAUAAAACUCAACAGUUAUUAUUGUUGUUUUCAUAUUAUUUUAUACAAUUCCUCUUUAACAACAUAAUACUCGUUUCAAAUUAAACUCAAAAUCCCCUGAAUAUUUCUUAUUUAUUAAUUGACUGGUUUAUUAAAAGAAGGAAUCAAAAAGUAAAUAGAAUGUUUUUAAGGAAUGAAUAUCAAUUAGAUUGAAGAUUAUCGCAACCGCCUCACGAGUGUAAUUCAUGAAACGAUCGUUUUUACUACAUACAUAUAAAUUUUUUAAAUAAAGUGUGCCACACACUUCAUAAUAAUCACUAAAUUAUAAUCAAUAUUGCAAUUUAAAAAUAUUGCUUGUACUUAAAUCGAACAUUCUCUCCUGAAAAUAUAUUCUUUCAUUUUUUCAAAUA